AUGUCUUCUUCUACUAUACAGUAUACCCAAACAAGACAAAUUGAUGGAUGUCUUACACCAGUGGGUGAGAAUCCAUACUUAAAGCAUUCAAGCAUCCCGAUGUUGGAACCUUUUGCACGUGAAAGCAAUAGCAGAGCUUCGAAACCAGUGGAUGCUAUUCCAUCUCCUCCUUUAUCGCCACAUACCAGAGUCAGUAAUGAAGAUACAAAUCAGUUUAUGAACCUACUUUUCCCAAAGGCCAGUCGGCCCCAAUUGAAAAGCAAUCUUCUUACGCAGGAUGCAGAGCGUAGAAAAGGAAUUGGAUCUGUUCCAUCACCCGAGCCCACCUCAUAUCUUGCUGAUGUUAGAUCUGGAAAACCUCGUGCAUCUUUUCCACUUAAAGACAUGGCACAUUCUUCAUUAUACAUCAAUCCAUUUCACGAUAUUGGUAAACCUGGCUUCAAAAGAAGACAGCUAUCGUUUCUUUCACAUUACCAUCUUUCUCCAGCACUUCCUCAGAUUCCAGAAGUUCCAACGGAGUCUUCUUCGCCUAAAAAAUAUACCUCUUCAUCUAAACACUAUACAUCAUCUGGUAUAAGAGCAAGUUACAAUACUGUCCCAAAAUCGAGGUCUGAGAAACGCCAUUUAUCUCCGAACUUCGAAACACGCAAGUCCAAAAGACAUUUGAGGCAUGUUCGUUCUUUUGAACAAGAAUCUGGAUUCGAUACAUCCAAUUCUGAUUCUUCGGCACCUGUCAGUCCCCCUCCGAAGAAGAAAAGAAGAAGAAGAAGACCAACAACAAGAAAGGCCAAUUCUGCAACCACCCGCUAUGACUAUGAUUAUACCAAGCUUCCUAAUUUCUGUCCUUCUAUUGAUGUGCUACCUGAUAAUGCACGCUGCAUGAAAACAGAAUGGAAAGGGCAAUCGAUGGACUUGGAUGAUGAUCCACUGAUCAAAGAACUUCAUCCAGCGGAAAUUGUGUUGGCCUCGACUCUUCGUCUUCCCUGCAAGGUUUAUCUUGACUCAAAAAGACGUAUCUUUUCGGAAAAGGUUCACAGAAUGAAACAGCAUCUUCCCUUCAGACGGACUGACGCUCAAAAAGCGUGUAAGAUUGAUGUUAACAAAGCCAGUAGGCUUUAUGUGGCUUUUGAAAAGGUUGGAUGGCUCAGAGAGUCUAAUUUCAAGAAGUAUAUGUGA